AUGGGAAAUGAUGAUGCGGUAUCUGAUAAGCACCCUAAAGGUCCCAUGCCCGUUCUCAUCAGAGCAUCAAAUGGGAAAUCAAAACGAAACAGAUCUGACAAGAUCAAGAUGUCGACAAUAGUGGAACCACAGGAUCUUGACAGCUUUUACACCCGGUUUGCUGACAUUUGCAAAUCUGGAAUGGUGGCACUGAAGCCUAGGGAUCGAAGCAAGAAGAAGGCCAAAGCAAAGAAGAAGAAAGCCGCAUCGUGA